UUUUGGAAAUGCAUGAACGUAACCCUAGAAGUUGGAGAAUUUUGCUGCCAGCAGUCGAGAAGAUCUGAAUGCCGCAAAGCCUGCUGGGAAGUGUUUCGCUCUACCAUGACACCUAGCAGGGAGGUCAGAGAAUCGGUGUUUCACCAGUGUGCACAGCACGGUCUUCGAGUGUUACGUUGUGUACGUAAUUACACUUACACCACGCCUGCUACUAACCCCACUCGCAAUCUUCAUUGUUGUGAAAAGUCCCCCAAGCGGCAAUGUCGUUCAAAGUGUCAUCACGUACUACGUACCUACACUACUGACCAGGAGAUUAUUGAUGGCUUAACACAGGGGGGAUGUGGUCCUCCUCUACCUCAGGAUGUAUUAUGGCAAUGUUUUCUGGCAAACGCAGACUCUUCCAAUCCGGCGCUAAGGACUGUCGCUAGAAUGGACCAUAGUGGACUGGACAGUGCCAAGUUACUCUGCUGCUACCGUGCAGUGACUCUGGUAUGCCAAAGAUUAUGUUUGAAGACGUUCUCCAACGAAUGGACGACAACUUGGAGUGAAUUCCACAAGCAAUGCCAGUAUAAACCAGCGGAGGCAUCUUUGUUGCACUGCUUGGCUGACGCGGAAGAGCCGUGUGAGCUGGGCUGCGAAGGGCUUGGUUAUUGCACCAACUUCAAUUAUCGGCCUACACAGCUGUUUCGGAGCUGCACCAUUGGAGCAGAUCGUGCCGCGCGCAGUGACGUGGGCCUGUGGCGUGAAGGUGUAAUCCGUUUACCUUUAAUAGAUAUACCAGUACUAGAUAUUAGGUCCUGCUUCCCGGAGACUUGGAAGGCCAUUGCUUGUGUUUUGCAAAUUAAACCUUGCCACCAGAGGUCGCAUGUUAACACGAUUUGCAAAACAGACUGUAUUGACAUAUUGAAUAAGUGUGUAGAUUACAGUCGGCUGCCAGCCGGCCAGACCCCAACAACACUUUGUGAAGUUCUUUCGCCACCAGGGGAUGAGCCGCCUUGUAUAUCCCUAAAACCAUACUUGGAAGAAAGCGACCACAUUAGAACAGCAACAGAAGUGACACAUCCGUGUACAGCGGGAGUUUGCAACGGCGCUGACGUAUGCAUAGUGAACCGAGACUGUUCAUACGGACGGCCAUGUUUUCCUCACAAAUGCUUGCCAGGGUGCAAGCUAGGAGAAAUGUCCCAUCUCAUCGUUCCUCUAGGGUCAUACGUUCGAGUACCGGAAGUGUCACACGAUUAUCACUGCCUGAAAGAACAACAGAUUUGUAAAUGUUCAUCCUCUGGCAAACUCGAAGGGUGCGUCAGUCUACCAUGUGUGACCCAGAAAAACUGCUGGUUGAGAGGAGACAAGAUACCCCACAGUUCCCGCUUCUACAUUGGCUGUAAUAAGUGUAUAUGUUUCUCUGGCGAGACCGUGUGUUCUCAGCGAUCUUGUCCUGAUAAUACACAGUUGCAACAAUCCUCAGUCACUGGCUUACCUUGCGACUGCCCUAACCAUUACGUCCCCGUGUGUGGAAUUAAUGGCAAGACGUAUCCUAGCGCUUGCUCAGCCAGAUGCGGUGGUCUUCAAGAUAAGCAGUUCGAUUUCGGAGCCUGCUCCUCUGUUAAUCCUUGUGAGCCUGAUCCUUGUCCUCACUAUCAGAAGUGUGUUCGUAAAUCAAGGGUCUGUCUGAGCUACCGGCAUCAGAAAUGUAAGCAGUACGAAUGUGUUUCGUCUCACACAGAUUGCGAUGGGAUGUCUAUUGCUCCAGUGUGUGAUAGUGAAAAUAAUGAACACUUAAACCUGUGUUGGUUGUUAAAAAAGAAGAAAACUCUAGCUUAUCACGGGCGGUGCUUGGAACGUUGCAGUAUUCGGGGUUUAGUGUGUGGACAUAGUGGACAGACAUACCAAAGCGAAUGUGCAGCAUGGGCAGAUCACUCUACAGUAGACUACACCGGACCUUGUGUAGCUGUGGGCACCUUUAGACGGAACAAAACUAGAGGCUUUGGUUGUAGUGGUGUUCAAUGUUCAAAAUUGUCGUCACCUCAUUGCACUGGUGUUGUUCCGCCAGGUGGCUGCUGUCCCGUGUGUGGUGGCGUUGUAGCACUCUUUUUCAGUGGAUAUCAGGCAGACACAAUCUUAAGUGCGGUGCAAGAAAUUAGUCCCGUUGUUGUGCAAUCAAUUGCUGAAAGACUCCGCAGUUACGUGAAAGUUACUGAAUGCGAUCUCUUUGCCUUUCUCAGCUUGGAAUCUGAAGUGGUUGUCAUAGUAACCCCAGUCACCACGUCUCCCACUACGUUACAAGUUGAAGCUUGCGUAAGAGAAGCGGAAAAAGUGAAGACUUUGGUUGAGAUGAGCAGUCCUGCCGUUUUAACGGACUUAUCUUUGUCUCUCUUUCUUGCUGCUUCUCUCGAGGGCCCCCUACCGGAGAAAGCUACAGCUGGCUCUCUGGCAUUCAGCCACGUUAACGUUCCCGAGCUCACAGUAGUCACUCUUUUCUGUGGGCUGAUUUUACAACAACAUUUAUUGCCCAUGUUUAUAGUGACCUGACAGAGUUAAGAGUGACUUUCUGACUCCAAAAAUAAAAAAAUAAAAACUUCAACUAUUAACAUUUAUAUAUAUAUACGAAAAUUUUGCAAGAGAAAGAAGGAGACUAUUUCUAACACUAUACAUCUAUGUAUAUAAUAUGUAACUUAUAUUUAUAGUUGGUGAGACCAUAAAUUAUGUGUUGGAAGAUGUAGACGUUGUUAGUUCAAAUAGUGUUAUAGUUAUUUCUACUCUUAAGUACUUCUUCCACAAGUCCCGCGAAAAGUGAACGUUGGAGUCUUGCUUUCCUAUCUUUGAUUACCCUGGAAACAGCUAGUUUCAUCUUCCUUUUCCUUUUGGUACAUUUUCCACGUUUUUAUCUUUUCUGUUGAAGAAGCUUUUACACGAGUCUUAAAAAUUCUAACACGAAAAUUUUAAAUUGGCCAAUUGUAUGAAUUUGCUUGUUUGUGAAACACAAAAUUGCACAAUGAACUAUCUUUGCAGAGAUCGAACCCCCGAAUGUUUAGCAUUAUAAGCCCUCACGUUUACCGCAGAGUCACGUAUGAAGUACAUAUUUUAAAAUGUGCUCGGUAUCGCCACGAAGGAGUAGAUAUACAAGCAUAACUUUUACUUCCCGAACGCUUAUUUGUUUCUUUGUCGUUAAGCGCAAAGCUACACAAUGGAGUAUCUGUGCUGUGCACACAACGAGAAUCGAAAUUCGGUUAUUAGCGGUGUAAGCCCUCAGAAUUACCACCGAGCCACUGGGGAGGUUCACUUUCUUUAUUACUUCUAUCUUAAGAGUGCUUAAAAAGGUUAGUUCCUUCCAUACGUAUUAUCAUAUCAAGUGACAUGGCGAUGUCACGUUAUUUAAAAAACAAUAUAACAGGUAUGGAGUUUUUAUUCAAAUCCCAGGAUGACAGUGGCUAACUUUUUGGGGCUAUAGGCAGAUUCAAACAUUUUACGUGCGAAAAUAUCUCCCUAAUCGAUAACCCUAACAUUACGAAAUUUUCUGUGUAUAUAAUUGAAACAGUACAUUUCUUGAGACAGAAGUAACUAAUGUAUAUCAACGCUGUCUAAAUAUGCUCUUAAGUUCCGUUUGCUUGUUUUAUUGAAUUUCGCGCAAAAUUACACGAGGAUUAUGUGUGCUAGCCGUCUCUAAAUUAGAAAGGAUAGGUUAGAGGGAAGGCAGCUAGUCAACACAACCGACCGCCAAUUCUUGGGCUGCUAUUUUACCAACAAGAAGUGUGAUUGAUCGUCACAUAAUAACGCUCCCACGGCCAAAGGGACGAACAUGUUCGGUCCCGAGUUAUCUGUUUUGUUGUAUUUGUGAAUUGUAAGUUUCUACGGUAUAAAAACCAGUGUUCUUCAUUAGUGAGCCUUUUUUGAGCGAUACAGUGCUAUCGUCAGUAAAGAAAAAAAACUGUUUAAAAAACCACCAAUCAAAAGCCCUCUAGGAUCGUGUUUGACAAGUAAUUAUUUUCUGCCCUUGCGUAUAACCCCAAUUAUUACCUCCGCCACCCCCGAAGGUGGACGAAGGUUAUGUUUUCACUCCUGUGUAUGUGUGUAUGUUUGCCAGCAAGAUUUCUCGAAAACGGCCGAAUGGAUUUGGACUAAAGCUGGUAUACACUUGGACUACGACCAAAUUUAGAAGUGACUAGCUUUUCGAGGGUCAAGGUCACGAAAAUCCGAAACAAAAUCCCUAUCUGUUAACAUGGGGGACCGAUUUUUCACAAUAUUUUUG